GUGUAUUAAAGGCCUCUCCGCCCCACUCGCCGGCGUCGCGUUCCACUCGCCGGGAAGGACAGGUAGCCAGUGCUCGUCGCCGUUCGAGUUCACGACGAGGUGAGGUGAGGUGAGGUUGGGAGUAGUAGUGGUCUAGUGGGUGGUUGAUGGAGCGGAAGGGAGGGUGCUGCUUGGCGCCGAGGUACGGCGCGGCGUCGGCGGCGGCGGCGGCCGGAGCUGGGGGACAGGCGGCCAUGGCGUGGCAGAUGGGGAGGAUCAUGCUCAAGUUCCGGCCGAUUGCGCCCAAGCCGGCGGCGAUGGCGCCGGCGCCGGUUGCGGGUGUGGGGGCCGGGAAGGGGAAGCGGAAGGCGGUGAGCGGCAGUGGUGGUGGGAGGAGGGGGAGGAAGCCCAAGAAGGCUGCUACCGCGGCCACGUUGGCGCCGGCGCAUGCACCGGCGCCGGCGCCGUCGGUGGCGGGGAAGACUGUACCCAAGGUUGUCGGCGACUGCAAGGAGAUGGAGAGGGAGAAGGAGAAGGAGAAGUCGUUGUCCUCGCCGUCGUCGUCCUCGUCCGGGAUGACAUCCGUGGAGUCGUCGCCUCCACCGCCACCGUCGGCGAUGCUGCCGCUCCUGCCUGUGCGGCCGCUGGACACGACGACGACGACGCCACCUCCUGUGGCGCCCGCGCACGCUGCUGCGCAGUCGGUGGUGGUCGCUCCGCCUCCGCGCGCGCUGCUCCCAGCCGCGGCGGUGGUGACGGUGGAGGACGUGACGAGCGUCUGGCGCGACGGCGGCAGCGGCGCGGCGCGCGCGGGGGACGACGGCGACGGCGCGCCGGCGUUCGUCUCGGACCAGUGGGGCCGCGUCACGUGGAAGAACGCCGCGUUCCACCGCGCGGUGGCGCCGGACGCCGCGGCGCCCGACCAGGCGCGCGUGGCGCUCGCCGCGAGGGACGGCGACGCUGCCGCCGCCGUGCCGGCGUGGGGCACCUGCGCCGGGUUCACCUGCCGCGUGCGCGUCCACCCAUCCCCAUACUCCCCUCGCCGCAGCUCCGUCGUGGCCCCCUGCGACGUGUGGCGCCUCGACGCCGGCGGCUGCUACCUCUGGCGGCUCGACCUCCAGGCCGCGCUCAGCCUCAGCCUCGGCGCCCUCCCGUAAUACGCCUCCGUCGCACGGAGACGUAUUCUCGUCGCGUACUAUACCCGUAUCCGUAUCCUGGUCGGGCGCAGAUUAGGGCUACCUAAUUACAAGAUUAAGAGAUGGAAUUAGAUUAGCAGCAGAGCAGCAAGAUUUGCAAGUGUAAGACUAUCUCCAACAGUGGAGACGCAAAAACGAUACCUAUUUCUUGUUUUGGGUCAUGCACAGUAAGAUUUUUUUAGGUUUGGGUUGCCUCGUUGGAGAUAGCCUAAGAAGGAGAAUUAACUAAGCCAAGUGAUGCUUCUGGAAUCUGGAGGCAUGCAAGAAGCAUGCGGCUCUUUUUUUUUUAAUUUUUCUAUUUGCCCCCCCAAAUGUAUGGAGAUUUACCUAAUUAUUUAAUCUCUAUUUACCCCAAAAUGUAUGGAGAUUAAUCUUUGUUUAUUAAGCACUAAUUAGUUUAA